UGAGAGUUAGCGCAGCGACCAGCAGGAGGGAGUAAAGAGCGAAAAGGCACCUAUGGCAUAAAGGCAAGGCUACUCAUGGCAUUUUCAUUGAAGGAGUAAAGCAAACAAACAAUGUGGGGAAAAAAGAGAGGAUAAGAUUUAUUCAGAGUUUCAAACAACUUUUCUUCCCAUGGCCUUUAUUUCAGCUUCGUGUCGUGAUUUUCCUUAACUUCUAAGUCUGCUUCCCCUUCUUGGCUUCAUUCUCUUCUUCAAUGGCAGGUGCAAUCCAUAGUACCAAAAUGGAAAAACAAAAGCCACAGGUUGAAAAAAAUAAAGAAAACCCGUGUCAGUUUUAUUAUCAUUUUCUAUACAAAGCUUUCAUAGUUGCUAUCUUCCUUGUUAUUCUUCCGUUCUUUCCUUCACAAGCUCCUGAAUUCAUCAACCAAUCUCUACUCACCAGAAACUGGGAGCUCCUGCACCUUCUUUUCGUUGGUAUUGCUAUCUCUUACGGUUUGUUUAGUCGUCGAAACGAUGAAACAGAGAAAGAGAAAGAGAAUAGCUCAAAGUUCGAUAAUGCAAACUUGGUUGUUUCUAGAUUUCUACAGUUAUCAUCGUUUUUCGAGGAUGAGAAUGAAACCUCCUCAUCUGAGUCUGAUGAAACCCAAUUCCAAACUUGGAAAGUUCAGUAUUAUAGAAACAAACCCGAAAUUGUUGUAGCUUCGCACCACUCUAAUUUUGACGAACGGAGUGCUACAAGCUCGCGAAUUGGUGAAAAGCCCUUACUUUUGCCCGUUAGAAGUUUGAAAUCUCGUGUUUCUGCUGCUGACCCUAAUGUUUCAAGCCCAACCACUAAAUCAGGUUCCAAAAGAUCUUCAAGCAAUUCAAAUAAAGCUAGAGAUGGUUCAGAACUAGAAGGUUCUGGCUGUUCAAAAGUUGAAGAUGAAGUGAAGGAAAACCUUGUGCUUCCUUCUCCAAUUCCAUGGCGAUCCUCACUUUCAAUGGAUCAUCAUGAAUCUGAAUUCAGUAAGCUUGAAUCUCGUUCUAUCAAGUCCCAAAAAUCACGUUCAUCCCAACCCAGUUCCAUUUCUCCUUCACCUUCGUUCUCAUCAGAAUCACUUGCCAAGAGCGCAGAGGAUUUGAUGAGGAAGAAGAGCUUUUACAAGUCUUGUCCUCCUCCACCUCCACCGCCCCCACCAACAUUUCAGAAAUCAAUAUCCAUGAAACCACCAAGGUCUAGUAAUUCAUUUGAUAAAGGAGCUUCCUUUGAUAAGGAAUUGAAACGAAGCUUCACAAGUGAGAGAAAUGAGUUGAAGGGGUGGAGCAUUGGGGAUAAUUUGAUGGGCAGGGUUGAUUCAGAAAUAGAAGUUAAACCAAAAGGGCAAGUUGAAAACUUGUCAAUGGGAAAGUCAGUCAGAACAGUCAGAGGUGAAGGAAUGAAUGGAAGGAUAGAAAAAAGCCAAUUGGACUCUGAAGAACAUUAUGUGGAAGAACCAACAAGAAAGGCUUUGGGAUAUGAUCAUAUGUCAUUUAGUGUCCCUCUUGUGUCAGAGCCAGCUUUAGAGGAAGAGAAAGAAAGCUUUAUUGACAAGUUGAUUGUGGAAUCAGAUGAAGACACAGAAACUGAGGAUGAAGAGGUUGGAGGAACACUCAUUCAGAAAGACACUGGAGAAAGUUCAAUAACCAAUAGACCUUCCAGCAGCAAUGUUAACGGUGAUGAAGGACCAGAUGUAGAUAAGAAGGCUGAUGAAUUCAUAGCCAAAUUUAGAGAGCAAAUCAGGCUUCAAAGGAUUGAGUCUAUCAAGAGGAGUGCACGGAUUGCUACUAGAAAUUCUUCAAGGUAAUUUUGAAGAUCCCUAGGUAGUAUUUCGUCACUAAAUGGCAUGUAAAUUAGUUAAAGUGGAUCUUUUUUUUUUCCAUGGUUUUAAAACAUUGGAUUCGUGUCUAUGUUCCCAGUCGGUAACUUAUAAUUAAUUAUGGUGUAGUAGACAGACUCACUGAUAUUAGCUGCAUUUAAACAGUUUAUUUUGCUAGGAUAUCAUUUUCUUGGUUAUGCUUUCAAGUUCUGAUAUUUUGUUUC